GGCCACGCCCACAGCCCCGCCCCACUCCAUUCACGGCUUUCCGCGGCCUGGCCACGCCCAUCCUGCCACAUCUCCAUAAAUGGCAGUGACCACGCCCACGUUACGCCCCGCCCCUUCCUGCCGGCGCAGCAGUUUGACGUCAGAGCGCGAUGGCGGCGCCGGGGCUGUCGAAGGCCGAGUACCUGCGGCGGUACCUGAGCGGCGCCGAGCCCGCCGCGCCGCGCCGCCGCCGCCGCAGGAAACCGCCGGCCGGCACCGCCAGAGGCGGCAUGCGCAUCGUGGAUGACGACGUGAGCUGGAGCAGCAUCGCCGCCGCCGACAGGGAGGAGGAGGAGGAGGACGAAGGGGACAUGCCUGUGGUGGCAGAGUUCGUCGAUGAGCGCCCCGAGGAGGUGAAGCUCAUGGAGGAGUUCCGGAUGAACUCCAAGUGGAAGCUCCUGGGAGAUGAGGACUCGCAGAGUUCGGAUAUUUCAGGACCUGCCAAGUCUGCCACGAGGCGGCACCACGGCUCCCCAGAGCCCUCAGCCCCAGCAGGGAAACACAACGGCUCCGUGGGGCUGUGUGCUCCCCGGGGACAGCGAGACAACAGCCCUGAGCAGUCACCCCCCAGGAGGCAGCGCCACGACACCCCUGACCCGUCCCCUCCCAGGAGACAACGUCAUGACACGCCAGAUCUGUCACCCCCCAGGAGGCAGCGACAUGACACCCCUGACCCCUCACCUCCCAGGAAAAAGCGUCAUGACACACCAGACUUGUCACCUCCUAGGAGAAAGCGCCAUGACACCCCUGACCCCUCACCUCCCAGGAAAAAGCGUCAUGACACACCAGACUUGUCACCUCCUAGGAGAAAGCGCCAUGACACCCCUGACCCAUCCCCUCCUAGGAGACAACGCCAUGACACGCCAGAUCUGUCACCCCCCAGGAAAAAGCGUCAUGACACCCCAGAUUUGUCACCUCCCAAAAGGCAGCGUCAUGACACCCCUGACCCCUCACCCCCCAGGAGACAGCGCCACGACACCCCUGACCCAUCCCCUCCUAGGAGAAAGCGACACGACACACCAGAUCUGUCACCCCCCAGGAAAAAGCGCCAUGACACCCCUGAUGUGUCGCCCCCCAGAAGAAAGCGACAUGACACCCCUGACCCAUCCCCUCCCAGGAGACAACGUCACGACACCCCUGACCUGUCACCUCCUAGAAGACAGCGUCACGACACACCAGACUUGUCACCUCCCAGGAAAAAGCGACACGACACCCCUGACCUGUCCCCUCCCAGGAGACAGCGACACGACACUCCUGACCUGUCCCCUCCCAGGAGGCAGUGUCAGGAUUUGUCACCUCGGAGACACGACACCCCUGAUGUGUCACCCCCCAGAAGAAAACGACAUGACACCCCUGACCCAUCCCCUCCUAGGAGAAAGCGACACGACACACCAGAUCUGUCACCCCCCAGGAAAAAGCGCCAUGACACCCCUGAUGUGUCGCCCCCCAGAAGAAAGCGACAUGACACCCCUGACCCAUCCCCUCCCAGGAGACAACGUCAUGACACUCCUGACCUGUCACCUCCUAGAAGACAGCGUCACGACACACCAGACUUGUCACCUCCCAGGAAAAAGCGUCACGACACCCCUGACCUGUCCCCUCCCAGGAGACAGCGACACGACACUCCUGACCUGUCCCCUCCCAGGAGGCAGCGUCAGGAUUUGUCACCUCGGAGAGAGAAGCCGGGGUCCCCGAGUGGGAAGAAGGGCCGAAGGAAAGGACGGGCUUCUCCUGCCCACAGGGACCAGCCCAGGUCCCGGAGCCCCCCGGAGCCCUCGCUGCACCACCGGGAUGCCAAGGGCUCUCCCAAGAAGGCUGGCACGAUGGCAUCCGGGGUCAAAGCUGGCCUGGUGUCGGCUGACGUGCUGCAGAGGGAGAAGCAGGAGCUCCGGAAGCACGAGAGGAGCACCAGGCACCUGGAAGAGGAAUCCCGGGACGCUCAGACCGUGUUCCGAGACAAGUCCGGCCGCAAGAGGAACCUGGCCCAGGAGCAGCUGGAGCAGAGGCUGAAGGCUGAGGCAGAGGCCAAGAGAGAAGAGCAGUAUGCCAAGUGGGGCAAAGGGCUGGCACAGGAGAGGCAGCAGCAGCAGAACGUGGAGGAUGCAGUCAAGGAGAUGCAGAAGCCCUUGGCCCGUUACAUCGAUGACCAGGACCUGGACAGAAUGCUGAGAGAGCAGGAGAGGGAAGGAGACCCCAUGGCUGCUCUCAUCAAGAAGAGGAAGGCCAAGGAGAACAAGGAGAAAGAAAAACCCAGGUACAAGGGACCAGCUCCUCCCCUCAACAGGUUUAACAUCUGGCCCGGGCACCGCUGGGAUGGCGUGGACAGGUCCAACGGGUUCGAGCAGCAGCGCUUCGCCCGCAUUGCCAACAAGAAGGCCGUGCAGGAGCUCGCCUACAAGUGGAGCGUGGAGGACAUGUAGGGACAGCUCCUGCAGAGCCCCACAGGCUCCACCUGCUGCCACAGCCCCGAGGGAUGGCCUGCUCCCCUGGAGCAGCCCUGUGCUCGGCGUUCAGCAGCCCAUGGGCCAUCUGCUGAGAGGCACGGCUGGAUUUCCCUGGGAGCCCCUGCCCCUGGGGAGGACACUGCUUUCCUCUUGGUUUUCUAACAAACUUCUCUUCUACGCCAAAUGACUUCUGAGGGCAGUUCCCAAGUCUUCAGGUGUCCUAAAUCUCAGGUGAAAAUCUGCUGAACGCUUGGGCUUGGGAGAGUUACCCUCAUGCUGUUGGUCACGCUGCUCCAGAACUCAGGUUAAGUGGAACUUCUGAACUUCUGUCAAGUUCAUGCAGUUAUUUUGCCAUGUCGAUCCCAGAGUCACCAACAUGCAGGAAAGUUCAAACUCAGCUUCUUCUGACCCUGUCCAAGCAGGAAACUGAGCAGGGAAUGCUCUGGCACUGGAAGAGUGACCUGCAGUGCUGCAUUGGGCAGCAAGAUCUUCAGGAGCCUCAGCAAUUCUGCAGGGCUCCAUUUCUAGUGGAAGGAAAUGUGUGGAGAAUUAGGACUUAAGGCCUGGAGUCGCUUCCCUCCUAGUUUGGAGCAGCUGGUGCCCCCAGAGCCCUCUGGAUUUGGGGCUGAUCUCAGCACUUGGCUCGCUCCGGUGGGAGGUGUAACAGCCCUUGUCCUGUGAUCACAUUUGUCAGUCUUGGAGCUUCCCUUGAUCCCUGUGUGCCAGAAGGCACUUGUGGAAAUAAAUACAGUUGUUCUUGUUGAGGUCCUGGGGAGCAGGGAGGAAAUGCAGGCAGCAGUUUCCAUGGAGAUGCCUUGGCUGCAGCAGUGGGCAGGGCAGGGCAGGAUCGCUCUUGUCAGGGAUUCUCCAGCCCUGGGAGGCCGUGGUGGGAGGGAGGGGCAGAGCACAGUCUGCUCUGGAGUGCCAGACUCUUGGGGCAUCCCUGCUUUUCAUCCCUGUGUCACAUUUCCAGCAGCCCUGGAAUUGGUGUGUUCACCUGUAAAUAAAACCUUGCUUUUUUUACUCCA